AUGGUUGCCCCCGCUUUCACCCUCAAUGACAUCGAUAAUGUGAUAACAAGGCACAGUCUGAGGAACAUAUUCGAUUUCGUCGGCAAGAGGAACUACAAGGGGUUUCGCUUCAACCUGUACCUUGUUGGGAUGAAGACGCUCGUCGUUGAGCCUGCCGAGGAAGAGCAUACUCUUGACCGAGGACCAGAAGAUUCGGGCACAGCGUGCGAACGGGGGUUCACCAAAAACCCGCCUCAUCUUGAGGAAACCGAGGGUCACUAUCGGACUAUUCGAUACAGUAUCGGGGCCUUGCAAUGCGCUGUUCAAUGCGAGGUUGACGCUUGUCAUGAAGAACCGUCUCCUAUUGACACAGACCCCGGAAAUACGGGAUCUUUCAGUGUCACAAUAAGCACUUGCGAUUCCGCAGAGAUCAAAACAACAAGAUCUGGUUGUAAGGUCAAGAGGGCGAUGCCAAAGCUCUGGUUCGGCCGGAUGGGUUGGUUCAUCUGUGGACGCAUUAAAGGACCUACGGUGUCCUGGAAUAAGCCUCUACCAGUUGGAGGUGAUGCCGAGGCUAUCGAUCUGGACAACUGGGCGUUUCAGGAAAGAGUCAACUUGGCUAAGCUGGCGGUAGUGCUAAGCAAGCUUCGGGUCCAAGUUCAGAAGUGCGGCGGCAAGCGCUGUGUCGCAGUAUGUCCUGCACACUCGACCAGACUGAGCGUCUACCCUCAACAAACGGCGAGGGGAACUCUACCAGAUGAUUUGCUGAGGAGGUUCUGGCCGCCCUCAGUGAGUUUGUUGGGCAACAGGCAAUGA